AUGCUGCGGCUGCGCUGCAAGGCCCGCAGCGGCUCGCACGCCCUGGGCGGCCUCACGGCGCACUCCCGCCUGCGCGACAUGCAGGCCGCGCUCGCCGCGCUCACCGGCGUGCCCGCCGCCGCGCAGCGCCUCCUGCUCGGCUUCCCGCCGCGGCACAUCGACCUCAGCGACGGCGAGCGCCGCCUCGGCGAGCUGGGCAUCCACUCGGGCGACACACUCAUCGUGGAAGAGGAGCCGCCGGCGCAGCGCGCGUCGCCGCCGCUCGCCAAGAGGGCCAUGGGCAGCCCGGCAGCGCCCGUGCUGGCCCGCCGCGUCGUCCCCGCCGACAACUCCUGCCUCUUCACCAGCGUCUCCUACGUGGUGGAGGGCGGCGUUUUCGACGCCGCCUGCGCGCCCGAGAUGCGCGGCCUCAUAGCCCACAUCGUGGCCAGCGACCCCGAGGCCUACAGCGAGGCCGUGCUGGGCAAGACCAACCAGGAGUACUGCGAGUGGAUCCGCAAGGAGGAGACCUGGGGAGGCGCCAUCGAGGUGUCCAUCUUGUCCAAGUUCUACCAGUGCGAGAUCUGUGUAGUGGACACACAGACGGUCCGGAUCGACCGCUUUGGGGAAGACGCUGGUUACACCAAGCGGGUGCUUUUAAUCUACGACGGGAUUCACUACGACCCCCUGGAGCGCAGAAUCCCCGACUCGGACGUUCCCCCGCAGACCAUCUUCUCCACGGCCGACGACGUGGUGCUGGCGCAGGCGCUGGAGCUGGCGGACGAAGCCAGGCGCAAGAGGCAGUUCACCGACGUCAACCGCUUCACGCUGAGGUGCAUGGUGUGCCAGAAGGGACUGACGGGCCAAGCGGAAGCCCGGGAACACGCCAAGGAGACGGGUCACACCAACUUCGGGGAAGUGUGACCCCCUCCCCGGGGGUGGUGGCAGCUCCUACCUCACAGGUCCGGAAUUAAAUUCUGGGUUAUCACAUAAGCUGUAUGUAAUCGUAAAAUCCUGUUCGCAGAGCUUGAAAAGCGUAUUAACGUAACGAGGGCCGAGGCGCUCGGGGACGCUAGGGUAGUGCGCAGGCUGAGGGGUGCGUAUGCAAGUAGUGACUUUUCUGGCUGGUUUGAAAUAGGUUUUUUCUCGCAUGCUGAUAGAUAGUCAUUUGGCAGGUGGUCUACACUGGCAGCUAAAACCCAACCGCUGUGUACGCGAUCUGAGCUUGUUCAACACUAGAGCAGCAUUUAGCCUCUAAAUUACUUAAUUAGUCCAUCAAUAUCACAUUUUCAGGGCAGUUAAACUAGCCUACAGGUUUGGGAAACACACAUCAGCUUUACUUACACUAAGAGUUGGACUCUACACAUAAGCAGAGCCUUGUAGGGACAAGCUGCUCACUUGGUACACAAUCUUUAAAGGAAAAAAUAUACCCAAAGCUGCCCUAUAUGGUGUUACCAUCGAGAGUAGAAUGUAUUGUUUGUGUGAAGUCGUGGCUUUAGAGAAAGAACUGGCCUCUAAGCUUUAAGAUAGGCUUUUUAAAAUUAAUGAGUAGCUGGUUAACUAAUGAAUAAACUUACUAAAGCUCCAUAGGUAGUUUUUAGUUGCUUUAAAAAUAACUAGCAAGCCCUUGGUGUUUACACUGCAUCAAAACGUAGGCAUGUUUCUUGAAAUACUUGUAUUCUUGUUCAUAAUACCUUCAGUUCUGGCAAGAGGGAGUUGUGGUAAUGAGGGAAAUAAUUUACAUCUGUUCAACACACUUAGACUUCACUUGGGUAUAGCCAGUCUCCUGGCUGCAGUCUUGAUAAGCUAUACCAGACUCCCAAUACUGUAAAAAUUAGCACUUUAAGGGGUAGUUCUCAUUCUUUACAGGUAAAAAAGUGUUGCCCUUUUUAGAAGGGCAGAGUGCUUAGCCAAAAAGGAGCCUGGAAGUUUCCUAGUCUGCAUUCUGCCUUAAUGAGCCUGAUUUGUCACCGAUGACUCUUAAGCAGCAAGACUUUAAUUCUGAUAAUGAAGGGAGCAGUUGAAUUUCGUAAUAAAAUAAGCUAGGUAAACUGCCCCACUUCUGCUGUUACUCAGAAUCAGGGAUGUUGAAAGUGGUUUAACGAGUCUUACCUCACAGUGAGGAUGUGAGGCUGAGUAAUAAGUGCAUUGAGAUCCUUUAAAAGGUGCUGUAGAGGGGCAUAUUACUGGCAAGGGUUUCUCUUUGCAAUGCCUGUAACACAUACUUGCAUUAAUGGAUUUAAGCGUAUUCUUACCCUGUUCUGUUACUCAGUUACCUUCUCUGCACUGCUAUAAAUGGGGAGCAAGAACCUUCCUCCUCAAACUGAAGGGAAGUUUCUCAGUGGAAUCUGAGCUGUAGUUUCCAAGGCCUCAUUUUUAAGGCACAUUAGCUAAACUGGUGCAGCAAGAGCUUCCUUCGCCAUCAAGGGCAGAGGGUGGUUCACUGAAGUUCUCAGCUGAGACUCCCUGAUAGACCUUGAAAUACUGAGGGGAUAUUACAGAAAAUGGACUGUAGCUACACUUAAGUACAUUGCUAAAAUGAGGCAUGAAUAAUUCAAUAGAAAGAGUCGGAUCACCGAAAGCAGGAUGGACCCACGUUCAUUUAAAUUCAGUAUUAAAGUCAACAUUAGCACUGUUGGGAGUUACUUAGAGAAAACCACUUAGCUUCUCGUGUUAAGCCCCACUUUGCUUUUAGCCUAGUAGAAAAUUUUAUUUAAAAACCCCUCUAGAAGCUGAUGCUUAUAACCUAAAUACCCAACAGUUCAAAGGAGCUUGAAGAUUACACUGUUAUAACUACUUGAGAUGAAAUCCUAUCUAGGAGUGAGACCAAGAGACUAUCAAUCCUAAACUGUAUUCUCAGCUUUCGCACUGAAGAGGUGAGAUGGAGCAAGGAGAAGGAGCCGCUCCUCACCACUUACCAUCUACACAACAGACAUCGUAUCUACCUCAGAGAGGGGUAUGGGGAGACUGCCUUUGGGUGUCCCCGAAAGGAGAGGGCUGUAGAAGUCAAAGACACAUAUCGAUUGUCUGCCUCGUUUGUAAAUGUGUUGACUUUUGGGAGCAACUUGUGGGAUUUCUGUUGUUUGGCCUCACUUUGUCUAGAGAGAAACUAUAGGCUUGCGGAGUUUAGUUUUUAGCUUUGCAUCCCGAGUGGGUUUCUUAAAUCAUAUACAAAUAUUUUCCUUUCUCAAUUGCGGUAUUUUUGAUGCUACCUUAUUUAUCCAGAUUGUUUAGCUUUGCUGUAUCACAUGUGCCUGGUCAUGCCACUAACAAAGCAUAUCCGAUUCAAGGGAUAUCCAUCAACAUCACCGCUUAGAUGUCUUCUCUAGCUGUAUCAAAUAAAUCUGUUCAGUUAAGAAGUGGCAACUGAACUGCUGUGAUUCAUCUUUGUAAGAGGUCACGUUGUCAGCCUCAACAUACUUUAAAGAAAAAGUAACCUGUGGUGUUGACAAGAACUUGGAAAAGAUCUUGUGAUUCUCCUAAACUCUCCCAAGCAGAAAACAUCUGCAUCAUUUGGAAAUGUAAGUGAUGGAGUACAGUCGAAGUGCAGUCGUAAAUGUUUUGCUAGUGUCUGUUGCCAGCAUUUACCUGCAUUUAAUGAUCCAGUUAGGGAAAUAUCACAAAAAUGACAUCCCGCUGUAUGUAGAAGAGCCUUUCAAUAUCAUUAAUACACUUGCACUGAGCCGUUACUAGGUUAAUGACUGGAAGAUUAGGAAGAUAUUGGGCUGGAUGUGCUGAGGGGCUCAGGUCCUGGCAGGGAGCAGCAUCCCUGGUCCAUGCUGCUCAAGACACCUGUGGGGCUGGCCUUGUGUCCCUGCCACACAACUGUUCCCCGCACAGAUCCCAAAUAAGCACCGUUUUCCUUGCGGAAUACUCCACGAUCAAGCAGGCUCUG